AUGACGUUAAUAUGGCGGAAAACGUUAAAAUAGAUGUGGAACAAGAAAACACUGAAAACACCAAUAGAAAUUCCAACGAGAACGCGCCUGGUGUGACUAUUGAAUCUUUAAGCGUAUCUGAUCAACCAGUUCGCGAAACAACACAGACAGACCAUUUAAACAAACAGCUUUUAUCGGCUUUCUUGAACAAAAUAAAUCAAACAGGGGUGGGUAACUCUUCUUCGUCGGAGGAGGCAGACGAUUGGGAAGACCAGCCAGUGCAUUAACACAGAUUCCUCAAUGUUUACCCAAUGUAGAAAAGUGCUUGUGGUUGGGAUCAGCGGGACUACAAACAGCGGCAAGUCCACAGUGGCGAGUAAACUGGUUCAGCUGAUUCCCCGGAGCCACCAUGUGUGUCAAGACUAUUACUACCUACCCCCAGGGGACCAGAGACUGGCUCCCAUAUACAUAGAGAAACUAAAUCACCACAACUGGGAAGAUUACCGCUCCCUAGAGAUGGACCGGAUGGUAAAUGAUGUGAAGACGCUCGUCUCGACGCUACAGAAUACAGAAGAGGGACAGGCUUACGUGUUCAUUGAGGGAUUCUCAAUAUUUGGAUGGAGACCGUUAUCUAGUCUGUUUGACCUGAAGUAUUUCCUCAUGGUGGACAAGGAGACAUGUUGGAAUAGACGCCAAUACAGGGACUACGACCCACCAGAUGUACCUGGCUACUUCGAGCAGUAUGUCUGGCCAUUGCACGAGAAACACAUGGAAGCCAUCAGUGACCAAGAAGAUAUAGUCUAUUUAGGAAACACUGACAGCCUUGAGGACAGAGUAAACCGGAUACUAUCCGACCUGAAGACCUUAUCCGGAAAGGACCAGCCCUCAGCACUUUGACGCAGUUUGACAACUAGGAAUACGGCAUUGUAACACUAUUUGUGUUCAAAACUUAAGUGCAAUUCCAAGUUAUGUGAUGCAUUUGGACACUUGAAUUUGACAGUGUGUUAGAUAUUUGACUGUGAUAAGGGACACAAGUUAGUGGAAACAGUUAUCACCUUGCAUGAUCUUGUUACUGUUCCAGUUUACUGUUGCUUGUUGCUAGAUGUUAUUCUAAUUUUUACCUCAUCUGUUUUUCAAGAAGUAGAGCAUUGGUUCCUCGAUCAUCGAAAUAAAACUUUUGGAAGUACAA